ACAGACCAAAGCAAUAAUUAGUAGCAAAAGACUCUAUCGGAGGUGGCCAUGGCAGAGGAGUUUCAGGCGGGGAUUUGUGGCGGGACAUCGUGGAUGAAUUCCUCAAAGGGAGUGUUUGGUGGGUGUUCUUCGCCGAUUGCUGACUUAGGGAGCUUCGGUUGGGGAGCUGAAGUGGUGGACGUCAAGGCAAGGUCGUCAGCUUGUGAGGACUCUAAUAUUACAUCGGUUUCUGAUAGCCCCAUGGCUUUCCAAAGUUUUCAGAAGCCGGAAUCCAACGGCAGUGGCGGCGGUGGCGGCAGUAUUUUGAUGGAUUCCACCCUGCCAAUGAUGGGUUUUGGUCUUUCUUCUUCAUCAAGUACCUCAGAUUGGAACCCAUCUUUGCUCCGAGGUAAUGGAAGUGCUGAGAAUUUCAAUUCCAUGAUUCAAAGAGAAACAAAUCCGAGGUUGAAUUGCCAACAAGAAACAGUCAUGGAUUCUUCUCAAAACCAGAAAGACUGGAGUUCCGGUGAAAAUUGCUCCACGACCGAUUUUCUAUUAGAUCAACAAAGACUGAACUCCGUGACAAGCUGCGGCAACACUACGGUAGGGUUUCCGGUGGGUUUGGCUUCAUCGGUACUGUUACAGAAUUUGUUUGUUCCCGAUCAACCUCAACCACAGCAGUCACUUUUCAACAACCGGUCAAUGAACUAUAUGUCCAAUGAGUUAUCACCUUCUUGGCCUAAACUGCAGCCUCCCAUCUUCAAACCUUCAGUGAUAAAGCAACAAUCCGCCGCUGCCGCCGGUGGCCUUCACUUCUCCAACAACACACCUUUCUGGAACGCCUCCACCACCAGCCCUACCCUAAACAAUGCUAGAACCAACUUUUUGCCAUCAUCACAACCACAGUUCUUGGUACCGACAUUCGGAGAGAAACCCAGUUGCCCCACCAUCACGACCAAGACUGAAGAAGUUCGAGAUCAAUCCGGAGUGAUGAAGAAAGGAAGCACUGAACCUGCAUUUAAAAGGGCUAGACUUGAAACACCUUCACCUUUACCAACUUUUAAGGUUCGUAAAGAAAAGCUAGGGGACCGAGUCACUGCUCUCCAGCAAUUGGUUUCGCCUUUCGGAAAGACCGAUACUGCAUCUGUCCUUCAUGAAGCUAUUGAAUGUAUCAAGUUCCUCCAUGAACAAGUCAGUGUUUUAAGUACACCAUACAUGAAGCAAGGAGCUUCAAUUCAACAUCAACAGAGGACUGAGAAAUCGGAGAAUGUAGAAGAGCCACAACAAGAUUUGAGAAGUCGAGGACUAUGUUUGGUGCCCAUCUCGAGCACAUUCCCAGUUACAAAUGAGACCACAGCCCAUUUUUGGACGCCAACAUUUGGAGGAACUUUCAGGUAGAUGAGAAAAGGGAAAGAGAGGAAUUCUUUACCACCAUACUACCACAUAUAUUAAUCAUCAAAACUUCCAGCGGUCGAGUUAGGAAAAUGUUAACUUUAAUGUAGAGUGCAAACUUAGAAGCUGCAUUGCCGUGUGCGGUAUGCCUCAUGUGUCGAUGAAAAGCUAAAGAAGACAAAGAAAAAAGGGAGGAGAAUGAAAAGGAAAGGACGCUCCAAAGGCAUGGACAGUUAGUGCUGGGCCAACUACGUACUGCUAGCUGAAAAUGAUUUAGGCUAGCAAAUGAUUAGGAAUUUUUUUUUUUUUUUUUGGUUCCGAGAAAAUUAAAAAAAGAGAAAGAGAUAUAUAGCUUAUAUAGGUCUUGAAAUAAUUAAUCCAAUUAAUGUUUUGAUUUUAUAGGUAGAGAGUAGAUAGAAAAGGAACAAAUGCUAAAUCUGACAUUAUUAAUAAGUCUAUUAACGAUCAUUUCUCUUGUUAUCCUCGAAUUUAGCAGAAAUGGAGUUUAUUUUUGUUUUUGUUGGUGUAUUCUGAUUCAAGAAAGGAAAAAAGAAAGAUGAAUGAUAGAGAUUAUUGUUUCUGCAUUUUUUUUAAUGAAAAAGUGAAUUAGUA